GUAAAUUAGGAAAAGGGCAAAACACAAUUAGGAACCGCCAGAAGUAACCUACGAGUCCACGACAGACAAACAACAAUUGGAAUCUGUACGUCCAACCAAGGUGGGGAGCAGCGGACAGCCUCCUCCAGCCUUCUUCUGCCGGCGCUGAGGGUCUCUCCUCAGCCACCGCCGCAACCGCAACCGCCGCAGCAGCAUCAGGAUAAACGACCCCAUCGCAGCCAAAGCGCCAACAGCAACAAGAUGAAGGGAUUAUUCAAGUCCAAGCCCCGAACCCCCGCCGACAUCGUUCGUCAGACCCGGGAUUUACUUGUCUAUGCCCAGCGCGCUCCCGAUCCUCGCGAAAGCAAACGCGAGAAAAAAGGGCCUCUUUUGAGCACCGUUAUUAGCCUCUGUGUCAACUUAGAUGGCACCGUCGCUAGCCGGAAUAUGUUGGCAGUGCUUGCCUGGGUCUUUGCUAGGUGGCUCACGGAGGCCGUGCCGAUGCCAGUUACCUCAAUGUCCCCUCUCUUCCUCUUCCCGCUCUUCGGAAUUGCCUCUGCAGAUGAUGUUGCCCACUCUUACAUGAACGAUGUUAUUGCCCUUGGUUCUUGGAAGCUUUAUUUUGGCUCUCGCCGUUGAGCAUUACAACAUACACAAAAGAUUGGCCUAGAAUGUGAGUCCUCUUUUCGUUGUAGUUUUCUCAUAUUACCCCUAUCAUGUGAUACAUCGUUCACAAAAUAUUAUUAUUGUCAACAAAGCAAACAUAAAUAUAUUUUCGAUAAUAUUAAUGCGUGUCA